AUGGUGGGCCGACGUGGAAAGCGAGGCGCGCCGGCGGCCAAUCCCACCCCGGCGACGCGCUCCUCCCGCAAUCCCCCCGCCUCCUCCCAACCUUCCUCCCGUGCCCGGGGCCGCGGCCGUGGCAGAGGUCGGUGGGCCAAUCACUGGGCCAACCGUCUUCUGCCCGGUCGUGCUGCACCCGCGGACGACCAAGGGGAGUCGCCUCGUCGCUCCCACAUCCUCAAGUUCAAGCUCCCUUCCCUCCGGAAGUUGGAGCUCGGACCCUCUUCGACUUCGUCCGCCCCAGUUCAGGCCGAUGCACCCACCGCUGCCAGCACGCAGCCAGAGACGCCUCGCGGCCGGCGUUCCAAAAGGGCAAUGGCGGUUCCGGAAUCAUCCCGUACCACCCGCCAGUCUGCUCGUCUCAAGCCUUCGGAAGAGAGUGCUAUUGCUCAAGAAGCCUCCCCCGUUGACGAUGCAGCUGGUGUGGUGGACGGUGAUGCGGACGCCGGCGCCAACGCCGAUGCCGAUGCAACCGAUCUCGAGGAGCACAGUACAUCUCCCGAGCAAUCGCAAUCCGAGGACGUCGAGUACGCCCCCAGAAUUCGUCUUCGACUCAGCCCACCAAAACCGCCCACACAACAAUCAUCAACGGAUCAGGUCACAGAUCCGGACCACCCUCAGGACUCAACAAAGGUCCCUGCCUUGCCCGAUGCCUCGCAACAGCCCUCACAGCCAGUCUCACAGAAGACCGAGGGCGAGCAUCAGUCACCCGUGCUGCCCGCACCCGCCACCGCCUCUUUCUCGCCUCGACUCUCUCGAAAGCGCAAAUCCUCCGAACUCAAGGAUGAAUUCGAGUCCGCGGAGAUGCCAGACCCGAGUGCCACUGCUACCAAAAAACUCAAGCUCGAAGACAGCGAGCUUUCCGCCCAUUCCCAAGAGCAGACGGGCAUCUCGACUGGCAUCUUCGCUGGCCCGACAGCGCAAGAGUCGUCUUCCCCCGCCGACAAUGGCACCUUUCCCGAUGCCCCUUCCGUCGAUCCCGUCCCGUCCAUCGAAGAUCCUGCUGCGAGCGGACGAGGACGAGGACGUGGACGUGGACGUGGACGGGGACGGGCUCGUGGUCGUGGUAGCCGAGGAGGAGCAGGUGGUCGUGGUGGUGCUCUCGGGCCGACCCGAGGAGCAGGCGUGCCUGGCCGUGGUGGCCGAGGACGUGGUCGUGGUCGCGGUUCCGCCGCCGUCGCUAUUCGGCGCGGCGGUAAGCGAAUCGAAGACGAAAUCUGGGACAGCGAAAGCCGGCGCCGGACCCCUUCUCCAGUGCCCGCCACUCAGCCGCUCAAGGAUCGAGCUGAAGAGUUGGCGGCGCUGUUCAAGAAGGUGGGCCAGGCCCAGCAGCUGGCUUUGAGCGUGCUGGCAGAACGGUCGAUGCAGACCAUUGCGCGAGACAAGAACGCGCAUUUGGACUGCCCUGAAUACGACCAGGUGAUGCGCGACCUGGCUGAGGAGCAGCGCCGAGCGUUGACUCGGUACCGAGCUCAGUAUGAUCUCAAGGUGGAAUCCGCAGAGAAGGUCCACCAGGGCAAUUUGUUCAUCAUUGAACAGAGGACGAAGGCCCAACUUCAGAACAUCAAGGAAGAGAUGUUCCUGGCGGCACGAGGGAAAUACAUUGAACUCGUUGCCGGUCGCCGUGCCGCAGAAGACGAUGAACACACAGAGACCGACGGAUCAGACGGCGAAUCCGACGGACCCCGCUACCUCUUCCGCAUUGGCAAAGCUGGCCUGCGUGAAGUGGAGCGGGGGUUCAUCGCCGAAGCAGUGCGUGUGCCAGACGGAGCGGCCGCCUACGAGCGUGGUGAGCAGGAGUGGGAAGACUUUAUCAUGAAGGUUCGACUGGGCGAGGACCUCAACCCACAAAUGCAAGCUCUCGACUACUCCAUAGAAGCUUCAUUGGACUCAAUCAACCGUACAGUGGAGUCUCUUCUUGAGGCUGCCCGCACCGUGGCAGAAGAGUCCGAAGGUCCGCGAAGCUACGAUGGAGCAGCCGAUGUCUCAAAGGCGCUCUCCGUUCUGGCCGACACUGCCCUCUCCGACCCGCGACCUGCCCAUUACCCUCAGAUGCGCCCAGACCAACACAUGACUGGCCACCAUGCGUUGCUGCCGCAGGGACAUCAGGGGGUUAAUGUGGCAGUGGCACCUCCACCUCCUCCGGGCAUGACCCAUGGCCCAACCGAUCCGCGGUCAUUCAUCUUGCCGCGACCAACCCCGACCCAGCAGCCGCGUCGCUUGCUGCCUGCUCGGUCGCCGUUGGGCAUGGGUCUGCCCGACCCCUUCGCCAUGAACGGGCCCCCGCAGUUGCCUCCACCUAUGGGGUCCAAUUUCCAGCGACUACCACUCCCUUCGUGGUCGCAUGGAGCCCCCCAGGGUGGUGUGCAGCAGCCCGGGCCCGGACAUGGUCCGGGAAGUACAGGGUCUCACGGUGGUCCCGCUCCUCCUCACGGCGGGGGUCCACCGUCCUUGUACUAUCCGGGACCGCAACAACCCCGGCGGUACUGA